AUUUCUAAUUGGUCCAUGAAUUCAUUGAGAUUUAAUUUCUAGUUCAUACAUGAAUUUUCCUUUUCAUUUUUCAUUUAUUUUUAAAUUUUUUAAAAAGGUCUAUGGCAAAACUAAAUAAUUUUGGUCAUUGAUAUUUAAAUUUAAUUUUGGUUAAAUUGCAGAAAAAAAAACACCCUUGAACUUUGUCAUAUGUUUCAAAAAUCUCCUUAUACUUUCAAAAGUGCAAUAUUACCCUUGAACUUUCGUAAACAUUUCAGAAAUAUCCUUGUAGUAGAAAUUCGUUAGAAUUUGAAUGAAAAUUGAGAUGUGAAAUGGUGUAGUAAAUGACAUAGUACGAAAGUUUAAAUCACCCCAUCGUUUUAGGUAUCCCUACUAAUUCUAAGUGCCAAUUUUUAUUCGAGAUUCUAAAGAAUUUAUUCUCUAUGAAUAAUUUUUUACGAAAGUUGAGGGAUAAUAUUACAACUUUAAAAAAUAUAAGGAUAUUUUUUAAACAAAAAUGAAAGUUCAGGGGUAUUUGUUAUAAUUUAGCCAUUAAUUUUUCUUUGGUCCUGACGUUAACAUUAUUAAUAAUAAUAACAACAAAAAAAAGUACUUCCAAGGUGAUCUAUUUGGUUUCUAGACUUGUGCCUAAUGGAUUUUUAAAUUUCAAUGUAUUUUACAUACAUUGUUUUAUUGUAAGAGUUAUAUAGGUUUUUAAACUUUUAAUUUAAGGCAUCAUAAGUACAUGAACUUUUAAUUUUAUGACCAAUAGGUGAUAGGUCUUUGACAUAUUUGACGUGACACAACAUUAAAACUUUGUAUCAAAUAAAGCCUCAAUCUUAUAAUUUUGUAUCUAAGAAAUUCUUAAAUGUUCUUCAACCAUGGAGUUGAGGCUGUUCUUGACAAACAAAGGCAAUAGUUUAUUAAAAAGUUUCUUCAUAUUCCAAGAGUCUCUAAUUAUGUGGCACACAUUCUUACCACUCAUCUUUCAAACAUCACGUGAAAUGAAAUUUAGCUAGAUCAUUCUUUUUUAGGCCUCUAAGACCAUUAAUAGAAAUAAAGUGAGUGUACUCCAACGAUGAUUAUCAUGACUUUCAUUCCUAAAGGUAUGAGAUUCAACCACAUCUCACAUUUGUUGUAUAUAUAGGGGACGUUACUUAUUUAUCUUUUACAUGAUGUUUGUCUUACAAAAUAUGUUUAGAAGGAGAACUUUUUUUUUCCUUUUAAUAAUGGAAAGAACAUUCAUAUUUAUUAAAUUAAAAGAAAAGCCGCUUCUCUACACUUGGUUUAAAAUAUUUGUGUUCAUGAAACAUUCAUUCUCAAUUUUAUGAAAAUGCCAAUAAAAAUAUUGAUAAAAUAUAUUGAUUGAGAAGUGUUUUUGAAAAAAUUAGAAAAAAAUUAGAAAAGUUUAUAUUUUACGGUUUUAAACAAGUUAAAAGUUUAAAUAUUUGUAUUAUAUUCACAAAUUAGGAAAGUCUUUAUUGCUUAUUUUUGUGUUUCAUGGACUUUGUGGAAUGAAAAAAUGGUGAACAGAGCUUCUUAUCCAUCGUCUUCUCCGGUGAACAUAACCGUCUCUUGGGAAAGUAAAGGCGUUAGUGGAGUUUUGAAAGACUCCAAUUCCCCUCUCAUUCUAGUGGGUGGAAACCGUCGAUCAAGUGGCAACAAGUUCGUUUCAAUGUCAAAAGACGAGGCAGUUGAAGAAAGUAAUGUGGAGUUAGUUGUUCAAACAACUCCCGCUGAAGACAAUGCAAAAAUGGGAAAGCUGCAGAGGAGCUCCAUUUCUGGUACGGUUUUCACUGGGGGUUUCAACUCGGUGACUCGUAUGCACGUGAUCAAAUCGCUGGCGAAUCCAACCGACACAACAAGUGUUGGUGAUGAUGAAGCAGAGGACCAAGCGUUAACAUUGCCUUCAAUGGCGGAUGCCAACCUUGUCAAAAGGCUGUCUUUGGUGAAAUCAUUCAAACCCCAGAAUCAUGCACUGUCCUUCGAUCAAGCACGAUGGCCGAAGGACAGUAACGGGGAGAAAACCCGACGGCCUUUAUCCUGGAAAGUGUCUGUUUCUCCUACCAUUCAAAUCCCAUACAGAUUGCUUACUAUAAUUCGUCUAGUGCUACUUGGUUUCUAUCUAAUAUGGAGAGUCAGACAUCCAAAUCAUGAAGCAAUGUGGCUGUGGAGAAUUUCUAAUACUUGUGAGCUCUGGUUUGGAUUAUCAUGGCUAGUAGAACAACUUCCAAAGCUCUGCCUAGUAAGCAGAGCCACUGACUUAUCUGCUCUCAAGGACCGAUUUGAGUCCCCAAGUCUCCAAAACCCCAACGGUCGAUCCGAUCUCCCAAGAAUCGAUGUGUUUGUAACAACGGCGGAUCCUGAGAAAGAACCUCCACUUGUGACAGUCAACACCAUUCUCUCAAUUCUUGCUGUGGAUUACCCUGUGGAAAAACUGGCUUGUUACUUAUCAGAUGAUGCCGGUUCUCUCCUGACAUUCGAAGCACUUGCUGAGACAGUCAGCUUUGCAAGAAUAUGGGUUCCAUUCUGCCGAAAGUACGGGAUCGAGCCAAGGAAUCCCCAAGCCUAUUUCGAACAAAAGCAUGCCGUUCUUGAAAAUGAAGUGAGGCUUGACUUUGCCAGAGAGAGGAGAAUGGUGGAGAGGGAGUAUGAUGAAUUCAAGUUAAGGAUUCAUUCAUUGCCGGAAUCUGUAAGGAGAAGAUCAGAUGAUUACAAUGCCCAUGAAGAACUCAAAGCUAAAAUGAAGCAAACGGAAAUGGGGGGCUAUCCUUCAAACGAAAUCAAGAUCCCAAGGGCAACUCGGAUGUCUGACGGGUCUUACUGGCCAGGAGCUUGGGAAGUUCCAGGUGAAGUUGAUCACUCUAGACAGGACCAUGUUGGUAUAAUUCAGGUUAUGCUAGCUUCUUCUAAUGCAGAACCAGUUUAUGGUUCAAACAUAGAUGGGAAGAAUUUGAUUGACACAACAAACGUGGAUAUCAGACUGCCAAUGCUAGUUUAUGUGUCUCGUGAGAAGCGGCCAGGGUACAAAGAUAACAAGAAAGCUGGAGCGGUGAAUGCUCUUCUUCGAGUCAGUGCAAUCAUGUCAAAUGGGCCCUUCAUUCUCAAUCUUGAUUGUGAUCACUACAUAUACAACUCCUUGGCUCUAAGGGAGGGGAUGUGUUUUAUGCUUCACAAGGGUGGCGAUCGGGUUUGUUAUGUUCAAUUCCCGCAAAGGUUCGAUGGAAUUGAUCCGGAUGAUCGCUAUGCAAAUCGUAAUUCUCUAUUUCUUGAUGUGAACAUGAGGGCUCUUGACGGGUUGCAAGGGCCUGUUUAUGUGGGGACUUGUUGCAUUUUUAGGAGGAUAGCUCUCUAUGGAUUUAGUCCGGCCAGAGCUACAGAGCACCAUGGUUUGUUCGGUACUCAAAAAACUAAGUUGUUACUAAGAAAGUCAAGGGUGUCAAAGAAGGAAGAUGAUGAGAUGGUGAUUCGAUGCAGUCUAGAUUGCAAUGAUGAUGAUGAUGAUGAUGAUGCAGACAUUGAGUCCUUGCUUCUGCCAAAGAGAUUUGGAAACUCUACUUCUCUGGCUGCGUCAAUUCCAGUUGCGGAGUUCCAAGGAAGAUUGCUUCAAGAACUUGAAAGCAAGGGCAAUCAAGGUCGACCAGAUGGUUCUCUUACUGUGCCCCAGGAACCUUUAGACGCUGCCACCGUUGCUGAGGCCAUUAGUGUUAUUUCCUGUGUCUAUGAGAAGAAGACAGAGUGGGGUAAAAGAGUAGGAUGGAUUUAUGGAUAUGUGACAGAGGAUGUGGUAACUGGCUACAAAAUGCACAACAGAGGUUGGAGAUCAGUGUAUUGUAUUACCAAGCACGAUGCUUUUCGAGGCAUGGCGCCAAUCAACCUAACUGAUAGGCUUCACCAAGUGCUCCAGUGGGCAGUAGGGUCGGUUCAGGUCUUCUUCUCUAGGAACAACCCCUUGUUCGCAACGCGUAGAAUGAAGUUCUUGCAAAAAGUAGGCUACCUUAAUGUUGCGAUAUAUCCAUUCACAUCCUUCUUCGUCAUUGUCUACUGCUUCUUGCCUGCAGUUUCUCUAUUUUCAGGACAAUUCAUGGUCCAACCAAUUGCAACAUUUGUAAUCUUCGAACUUGUCAUUGCCAUCACAUUGUACUUACUCAUCGUCCUGGAAACCAAGUGGUCAGGCAUUACAAUCCUCGAGUGGUGGCGAGAUGAGCAAUUCUGGGUAAUUGGGGCGACGAGCGCCUAUCCAGCCGCUGUGCUGCGAGUCUUGAUGAAGGUCAUAGCAGGAGUAGACGUCUCAUACAUAUUGACAUCCAAAUCAGCCACACCAGAGGAUGAAGAUGACGAAUUCGCCGACCUAUACGUGGUGAAGUGGAGCGUUCUGAUGAUUUUUCCCAUCACAAUCAUUCUGGUGAACAUGAUUUCCAUUGUAGUGGGAAUUUCAAGGGCAUUGUCCAGUCCAAAUCCAGAAUGGAGCAAGCUUGUGGGGGGACUGUCCUUCAGCAUCUGGGUUCUGUGCCAUCUCCACCCUUUCACCACAGGGCUGAUGGGGCGCCACGGCCGAGUCCUGACAUUCUAUGUUUGGUACGGGCUUCUGUCCACCAUAAUUUUGUUGUUGUGCAUCUACAUUAGUCCUUCUGAGGGACAAAAUCAUAUGAAGUUUCAAUUCCCUUAAAAUUGAAUUUGGGAAAUGGGAAUCUCCUCAAUUUCCUGUUGUUAUUGUGGGGAAGUAGUAGUAACUAUAUAGAUUUUGUGGCUCUGUUUUGAUGGAUGGAUUCAUGUUUUGUGUUAAGAACAUGAACAACUUGGAUUGUAUUUUGUGUAAACCUCAACUUUUCUUUUUUUUUUUUUUUUUUGCUAUAUAUUACAGA